GAAAAAGAACGCGAGAGAAGAGAACAGGAGAGAAGAGAUCAGGAGAGAAGAGAUCGAAAAAAAAGAGAUCGUGAAAGAGAACGGAGAGAGAGGGACCGAGAAAAUGUGGAAGAGGAAGAGAAAAAUGAAGAACGAAAACGAAGUAUAGAGGCGGAAGAGGAAAGAAAAAGAAGGGAAAGAGAACGAGAAAGAGAACGAGAAAGAAGAGAUCGAGAGAGAAGGGAUUGUGGAAGAAAACGGAGAAAGAGGGACCGAGAAAAUGUGGAAGAGGAAGAGAAAAGUGAAGAACGAAAACGAAGUAUAGAGGCAGAAGAGGAAAGAAAAAGAAAGGAAAGAGAACGAGAAAGAGAACGAGAGAGAAGAGAUCGAAAGAGAAGGGAUCGUGGAAGAAAACGGAGAGAAAGGGACCGCGAAAGUGUGGAAAAUGAAGAGGAAAAGGAAAAAGAUACAGAUGAUUCCGGACGCAAAGGAGGUUGGGAAGAGGGAAGAAGAGCACGCAGAUGUGGUUGGGGAGAGAGAGGAAGAGGACCCAGAGAAAGUUGGGGACGGAUAGGAAGAAGAAGAGGACGCAAAAGAGAUUGGGCAGAUUGGGCAGAAAUUUGGGAAAGAAGAGGACGCAGAGAGGGUUUAAAUGAAAAUUGGAGAGCGAGAGGACGCAGAGGGGGUUGGAGAGCGAGAGGACGCAGAGGAGCCCUUGUUUUUAUAUACCUAAAUUUAUAUUUGAAAUAAAAAUUUAAAAAGUAUAAAAAAUUGUUUCUUCUUUUCUUCAUUCUUAUUAUUUUCUUUGCGCUUUUUACUUUUCUUUACUUCAUUCUCCGCUGCUUCUUUCUUCGCUGCUUAAUCUUCAUGAUUUUUGUAUCUCAGGAUAGGACUGGAAGACUAGAGAAAAAGAAAAUAUUUAUGUAUUGUACAUUGUACAUAUCUGUGUAAAAUAAAAAUAAAUCAGUAUCCAAUAUCUGUAAAACAAGAA